CAGCAACCACACACGCUCUUCCCUCCCUUGUCCUCUCCGCCGUCCCGCGGUCGCAGUCGUCGUCCCACUCCGCACUAACUACCCCCCUUGUCCUCUCCGCCGCGCGCGUCCCCGGCUCCGUGCCUCUGAAGCGCGCGCCCCCUAGGCCAGUCGCUCCGGGUAGGGCUCCCGCCCCGGCCUCGCGGGCGGCGCGGCAAUGUCGACGGCGGCGGACGGCGCGGCGUACUGGCUGCGGUGGCAGGUCUUCGUCUGCGGUGCGCUCAUCGUCCUACCGGCGGCGGCCGCGGCGGCGCUGCUUCCUCGCCUGCGUAGGGUACCGGCGCCCCUCCGCGCGACCGACCUGUGGGUCCCCUGCUGGGCUCGGCUCCACCCGGGAUGGCUCCUCGGCUACCGCGCCUUCGCGCUCGCCGCCGCGGUUGCGCUCCUUGCCCGCCUCCUCGUCGCACACGGGCUCACGGUCUUCUACUUCUACACCCAAUGGACCUUUCUAUUAGUCACCAUAUAUUUUGCGUUUGCAACAGCCAUAUCAGCUCAUGGAUGUUGGGUUUACUCAAAGAAAAGCUUGAGGAAAGCUGAUGAAUCCCAUGGAUUUCUUAAUAGUGAUGUUGAAAAUCGUGACAUUUGCACUUCAAUUUCCGGAGAGAGGAAAAAGGAUGAAACAAAUAAGAUGGUGAGCUACUAUGAACAAAUAGUGAAUGAGAAAAGAGCUGGGUUCUGGGGACAUUGCAUGCAAAUAAUCUACCAGACUAGUGCAGGUGCAACAAUGUUGACUGAUGUCACAUUUUGGGGACUCCUCGUGCCAUUUUUUUACCGUGGUAAAUUUGGGUUAGCGCUGGUCACUGAUGGCAUGCACUCUCUAAAUGCUGUUUUCCUAAUCAUAGACACUGUUCUCAACAAUAUGCCUUUUCCCUGGUACCGGAUGGCUUUCUUUGUAUUCUGGAGCUGUACCUAUGUAACAUUUCAGUGGGUCCUUCAUGUUUGUGGAGGCAUAUCCUGGUGGCCUUACCCAUUUCUGGACCUUUCAUCAUCUGGAGCUCCUCUAUGGUACCUCGCCAUGGCCAUUGCUCACAUCCCCUGCUUCUUUCUGUAUUGGUUGAUCGUAAAGGCGAAGCACAGUUACUUCCCAAGGCUGUUCCCACAUGCUUAUGCGAGGACGAGUUAGACCCUUCCUCUAACUAUGGACUAGGAUAUAUCUGUAUAGAUAUCGAUAAAAAAAUAUUUCCACACUUGCCAGGUCCGAAUAUAUUUGUAUGGUCCAGGACGAGUUAGAGCCUUCCUCUAAUUAUGGACUAGGAUAAAAAAUACAGAGGUUUAUUGUCA